ACCUCUAAUAUUAGGGCUACUGUUGUUAAUUUCUGAACUGAAGGGACGAAAGAUGAUUGAGACAAAGAUAGGAACCCGAAGUGUCAGUCGCACACUCACACUUUUAGUGUAGGCUAUUAGCGACAGAAUUUGCCUUGGCGCGUUUUCGCAAGACCAAAACACUCACACAAGUUACGUUGCAUUCCAUCAUAUUACUUCUCGCUUUCACGGUGAACUCAAGAGCGCUUUGAAGAAAAGUACUCAAUUGAUAUAAUAAUUUGGGACCAGUGUGCUUGAAAAGAACUGAAGCAAUGGUUGCUUCAGAUGUAUAUCCAACCGAAGAUGCCGUGGAUGUAUGUUUAACUAAAGAUGAUAUGGAUGUAUGUCCUACUGAAGAUGCCAUUCAUGCAUUCUUGGAAUACUUGGUAGAUCCAAUGCUACCAGCAAAAUCUUCAAUGCGGGAUACUUUAUCACAAUCUCAAAAACAAUCAAUGGCAAAACAGGUUCAUGCGGUGGUGUUACUGUACAACUACUACCAUAGGAAACAACACCAGCAUCUAACAUUUGAAGGUUUUGAGUCAUUUUGCAAGUUAGCUGUAGUUCUGAGACCAGCUUUACUAACACAUUUGAAGCUCUUGCUAAGAUCUGAUGAUUCUGAAUUAGAUGACCUGGAAAAACAGAUUUCAUUGACAGAGAAGGCAGUUAUGGAUGCAUGUGAUAUAGCCAAGACUUUAGAUGCAUCAAAAGAUGUUCCAAUCAUAGAAAAAUGGCCAAUUUCAAAAAUUGUGAUUUUUCUAAUUGACAUAUGGAAGGAGAAAUGUUUUCUGCAAUUCAGUUCCAUUACUCAAGGGGUUUGGUCAAUGAUUGAAAAAGAUUUUAAUCCCUCUAGUUGCAUUUCAGAAAGUGUGAUGGAGGGAAAAGGUAAAGCAAAGAAGAUAAAAUUAACUAAAAGACCUGUGAGAGGUGAAUUGGGUGCUGAUGAACUUUCCUUUCAGCAACUUGCAUUUUCAGCUGUUAAGGAAGUAACUGGAUUUAAUGAAAGUGAUCUCACAAUUUUGGGAAGUGAUGUUGUAUACUCUCUAAGUAAAGAAAAGACAGCUGCUCGUUUCUAUAUGAUGCAAUUCACCCAACCAAAGAAGGAUGAUAAAAUCGAAAUUCCUAUUGAAGAUGUUAUUGACAGCCUGCAGGGCCCUUUAGUGACAACGAAUUCGCAACAAUGGAAAGUUACCCCAGUUGUCAAAUAUUUUCAUCUGCUUCCUUAUGCUGGGACUAUGUCAGAAUGGUUUUCUAGGGGAGUGCUUUCUAAUGAAUUAUGAGAUCGAAAGUCGGGAUCGGAAGGCAUAAAAUUUUAGCAGUUCUGAGAUGAAAGAACCUCAUGAACCAGAAAUUUGUAAUAACCAAGAUGGACCAACCUCCUACAGACAUUGAUGGAGUGAAGUCUCCCGGAAGCAGCUCAGAUUUUGAUACUUGAAACCACGACAGGCAGACAGGAAUGGAAGUUCCAGGGAUCAUUUAUCUGGUGAUUGUGGUGAGCCCCAUAGUAUGAAAAGGAAACGAAUUUAAGGAAAUAAUCAUUAAGGGUUUAUUUUGUUUUAAUUUAUUUUUCUCUGUGAGAUCCUUUAAAAUGAUUUGUUAUGGAAGUAUUAAUCCUUAUCAGUGCGUUGGUUUUAAUAUUUCAUACCCUAUUCCCUAUU